AUGGCCAAAGAAAACGACCCCGUGGGAGAUCAACCUCCUACAUACAAUCAGAUCGACCCGUCGCAACUGGCGCUGCCCCCUCUGGACCUUUCUCGAGAUGCUGGCCCCCCGGAAUACACGACAGUCACCGCCGAUCAGUGCGCGGUACAUCUCAAGCUGCUCGCAGCACUCGCCGACCUGCGCGACAGCGUAGCCAGUACCCGCGGAAUCUUCGAUAUCCAGGAUCCAGACCCCGAAAUCUUCCAGCCAGACUCCCAGGAGGCUAACGAGGCGUGGGCGCGCGUCAAGGAAAAGCGAUGGGCAGUAUACACCACCCGGGCAGUGGACCGAUAUGCCGCAUGGUGGGAGUCGUGCGUUCCGGCUUCUCUCGCACCCCCCACGCUCAGCACUCUCCAGACCCCCAGCUAUGAGAGCAUCACAACCUGUGACAAGCCGAUGCAAUGGUCCCAAGACCAGCUGCCGCCUCUCGAUGUCCUGAUGGUCUGGCACGCACACAUGCUGAACCCUCGAGCUUUCCUCGAGGACUGCAUCCGCCACGGGAAGAUGAGCUUCUGGGCCAGCGGCCUGCCCUGGGGAGCCGUGAACGCCUGCAUCGACAACGUGACCCUGGACUACGAGACGGGGCCCGUGGCGCAGGAGACCUUCUUCCGGAAGACAGGCUUCCCCUGGGACAAUCUCCUGGACACCCACGACAAGCGCUUGCGCUGCCCCAACUGCGGACAACGGGUCUCUGUCCCCUGGACGACGGGGGGCAAGCUGCUUGCACUGGACGGAGCCUUCGAGCAGUGGCACGGCUUCAGUGACAAGGAUUUCCGCCACUCAUGCCCCAGCUGCUCGCACACCAUCGACCACGAGGCCCUCAAGAUCGCCAAAUUCGUCCGAGACAUCCAGUCCCUGCUGCGGGAACAGCUCCCCAUGCCAGGCACCUACUACAACCUCCGGGGCAUCCCCGAGCCGGCCAGCGACCCCCGCCGCCACAAGCAACAGUUCCACUUCCCCAACCGGCUCCUGCUCGUCGUCGGCAACGAGCUCAUCAACUACGCCCAGGGCGACGACCCGCAGAGACAGCAGCCGGGCCCCGCGACCAUGCAGACGAUCAACGACCACCUCGCCGCGCAGCUCAAACACAAGCAGGUCAUGUACCAGACCAACGCGGGCAGCCGGCAGACAGCGCUGUAUCCGGAGGAGAAAGUCGCCUACCGACGCAUGCUGUCGCACUACUGGGACAACCACAGCGCCUUCGCCCUGGACCUCGUGGGCGCGGUGAUCCGCCAGGGGACCUUCAUCCAGAAGAUGGACCAGAUCGACUGGCUGCACUCCCCCACCGUGCUGGCCACCAUGGCGCGUCUCAUCAAGAAAUACCACAUCUUCUUCCGCAUCAUGACGCAGAACCCGCGCCGCAUGGCCGUGCCCACCCUGGACGUCGACCUCGCCUGGCACACCCACCAGCUCACCCCCGCCCGCUACUUCGCCUUCUCCUCCCACCGCACGCGCGCAGACUCCGUCUUCACCAUCCUCAUCGACCACGACGACAAAGUCGACGAGACCAGACUCUCCGACGCCUUCGCCUGGACCUCCAAGGCCUACCGCAAACUCACCGCCGGCGAUCAGGUCUACAGCGAAUGCACCUGCUGGUACUGCGAGGCCGUCCGUCUCUCCACCGACCAUCCCGCCAUCAUCCCCUCCUUCCUCCCCUCCGCCCUCUCCUCCUCCGUCCGCGCCCGUAACGCCGCCGCCCAACUCCACCACCGCCCCGACAUCUCCUCCCACCCCGACAGGAACCCGCAUAUCUCCGCCCACAACGCCGUCCGCCCCGCCACCACGACCGCAAAUCCAGACGCCCACCAAAUGAAACUCCUCAAACUCCGCACCGACUACGCAAAGGCCCGGCGCCGCGCCGAGAAGCGCCAGAAGAAUAAAGACAGCAACACCGGCCGGACUUCCCCCGUCGAUCCCAUCUACGGCUACUAUCCGCUCAUGUGGGGGUACCCGGUGUAUGUGCCCUUCUAUGCGCCGUAUGCGUGCGACCCCGCGGUGCAUGCCGAUGCGUAUGCGGCGAACCCGAGUUGUAUGAGUCUCGUGGCGGGCGGGUAUGGGAAUUGCGCUGCGGGGACGUGUGGCGGUGGGGUUGCUGCGGGGAGUUGUGGCG